AUGGUCAUUGAAAUGUUACACUUAUAUUACUUAUCUUUUAUUAUUUUUACGUUUUCUCGUGCUGAAGAAAUUCACGCAGCUUGUGCUGAGAAAUCUCUGAAUAGUACGGUAGAAGAGGAAACAAGGCUCUUACGAUUUUCGGUGAAAGAAAUAUCUGUUAUAACCCCUUAUCAAUGUGCGGAUGCUUGCUUGAGAGAUACGAGGUGCAAAUCGUUUAAUGUUGAGCGGAAACUCAAUAGCGGUGAUAAAAAGUUGUGCCAACUCAACGACGCCAAGUGGAAUGAAGAUAACGACGUUAUUCAAACUACAGGGUGGGAUUAUUACGGUCUCGAUCACGAAGGCCUGCAAGAGGUAAGCAGAAAUAUUGUGUUUUAUCUGGAACAAUCGAAAUCUGAUCCCUAUUUUAAAACUGAUGCGUCACAGUAUCAAUGUGAGUCCAUUCAAAGAUAGGCGACGGGUCUAAAGACUGGGGGUACUGAUGCUAGCAUUAGACUUCAGUGGAAACGUAUAUAACAACAACAAUACGGAAAUUCAAACGCAGAAUGUACGUACUGCUUAAUUACUGUAUAUUUGAGCGUUAGGUAUUGUCUACACAUACAACGUUAGCAUAAGUACAGCCCUUGGCAACAAACGCAUGUGCAGUAAGAUGCUGAUCGGUAGACCCAUCUGGAUGUCACAAUGUUAAGUUGAGUAGGCGAUGCGCGCUGCAAAUCAAGGAUAUCAACUUAUCUCCCCCACCCCCCUCCCUCAAAUAAUACAGGAUGGUCAUGUAAUAUUCAACAUCAAAUACACUGUUCCUUCUGUGAUAUCGAGCAAUGUUAUGGAAUCGUUUUCAAUCAAACAUUAUAUCAGUCUUCGUUUGAGACAGCUCUAUAAGUUUAAGAGUCUAAUUUUUUUUUCCACAUUAUUUUUAUUUUCUUCAGAUUUUUCUCAACUCAGGCGUUCCCUGUUAUGAUUAA